AUGUCCCCGGAACUUCAAAAUUACUAUUCCACUAAUUACUCAAAUUGCAAUUUGUCUCAUAAUUGGCUUGCCACGUGGCAAGGUGUAGCAUAUCCCAGCCAUGCGAUUCAAAUUAUAGCAUCUCCAAUUCAAAUAUUCACUUUUUAUAUCAUUUGGGCAAAAACACCUAGAACCAUGAAAAAUAUGAAAUUGCCAUUGCUGGUUAAUCAUUUCUGGUGUACUUGGUUCGAUUUGAUGCUUUGUACGCUAUCAACACCGGAUGUAUUUCUUCCAACUACUGUCUUUUCCGGUGUCGGGAUUUUGAGUUCUUUAGAGAUACCGUUUACCCCACAACUGGCCACUGGUCAGUUUUCAGCUCUGUUCCUCUGCAGUUCCUACGUCUACUUAUUUGAGAGCCGGAGCAGUGCUCUUCCACAAAAUCGAUUUCGAAUGACUCGAAAGGUUUCUAGAAUCUGCUACCAUAGUCUUUUACUAUCGAUAAACCUCGCUAUAUUAAUAUCCAUGAAUUAUUUCUCUACAGCAGAAGAAUCCGAAAAACUGGAAGCUCUUAAAAUUUAUCCUUGCCCUACCAAAGAGUUUUUUGAGUUUCCCGUGACGAUAUUUAUUCCUGACCCUGAAUUCAGACAAUUUUUUCUGAAAUUCUUGUUUCCCGGAUUUGGUAUUCACUCCUUUGGAAACUUAGGCUUCCAUGUGGCUUGUACAGUAUACUACUUGUUCUUAGCUUCUCCCAAAACAACGAUUGCUUCUGGAACUCGCCAAGCACAACGAACCUUUUUCAUUGGAAUCAUUUUUCAAACUGCUAUUCCGGUUUUUCCUGGUGCCUGCAGCUGGUUGUUAGUGUUAGUUUUCACGGAAAAUUACAGACAAGAACUUAUGAAUUUGACUGUAAUAUUUUUUGGGCUGAAUGGAUUGGCUGAAAGUUUGUUGAUUCUUUCGAUACAUCAUCCUUUUAGGAUUGCUGUGAAACAGUUAUUUGGAUUCGGCAAAUACAGAGGUUUGUUGGUUUUUUUUCUU